GGUCCCCGGGACCCCCCCGGGACCCCCCGAGCCCCACCGGGACCCCUCGGGGGCGGGGCCGGGCCCGGCCGCUCGGGCUCUUUGUGUCGGCGAGCGGCGGGCGAGGGGCCGGGCCCGGCCGGGGGGGCCGCGGGAGGGACCCCCAGCUCCACGUCUGGGGCAGGAUGGAGCCGCCCCCUCCCCGGCCGCGCUGCAGACCCCCGGAGGGGGACGCGGGGGUGGCGGGGGGCUGCCCGCUCCGCCCGGCCCCCGGUGCUCCGGGCGGUGCCGGUACCGAGCUGCGGCGGCUCCGGUUCCGGCAGUUCCGCUACCAGGAGGCGGCGGGGCCGCGGGACGUGUGGCGGAGGCUGCGGGAGCUGUCGCGGCGCUGGCUGCGGCCCGAGGAGCGCAGCAAGGAGCAGAUCAUGGAGCUGCUGGUGCUCGAGCAGUUCCUCAGCAUCCUGCCCGAGGAGAUCCAGAGCUGGGUGUGGGUGCGGCACCCCGAGUCCUGCGCGCAGGCCGUGGCCUUGGCCGAGAGCUUCCAGCUGGGACGAGGCGAUCCCGACGGGAUUUGGGAGCAGCAGGUGACCGUGCGGGUGAAGGUGGAGGAUGUGGCCCCCGGGGAUGUGGAGGACCCCGGAGCUUUGGGGGUCCCCCCGAGCCCCCCAUCGGAGUCCCCCCGGGAGGAGGCGGCCGAGGAGGAGGAGGAGCCACGGGAAGGAGAUCCCACCACGGUCCCGGAGCCGCCUGUUCCCCAUCCCCACGACACGCGGCGAGGAUCCCCCCGGCGCCAAACCCGGCGAGACCCCGGUGGUGGCAUCGCGCCGGACACCGCGAGCGCGGCCGGACCACCGGCACGACCGUUCCCCUGCGGCCAAUGCGGCAAAACCUUCGUCCGCCUGACCCACCUGAAGAGCCACGAGCGGACGCACACGGGGGCGAAGCCGUACGGCUGCGGCGCCUGCGGCAAACGCUUCGGCCACCUGUCCACGCUGACCACGCACCGGCGGCUGCACACCGGCGAGCGGCCCUACGGCUGCGGCCACUGCGGCAAGAGCUUCACCAACCCCUCGGACCUCACCAAGCACCGGCGGUCGCACACGGGCGAGCGGCCGUACCCGUGCCCGGCAUGCGGCAAACGCUUCAGCCAACGGUCCAACCUGGCCAUGCACCGGCGCAGCCACACGCAGGAGCGGCCGUUCCCCUGCGGCGCCUGCGGCAAGAGCUUCAGGUACCUGGCGGACCUGAGGGUGCACGAGCGCUCGCACACGGGCGAACGGCCCUUCCCCUGCGCCCGCUGCGGCAAGAGCUUCAGCAACAAGUCCUCGCUGGCGCGGCACGCCCGCAUCCACGCCCGCGCGGCCAACUGGGACAAGUAAUGGUGACCGGGGGUGGUGGAGCACCCUGAGGGUGGCCCACGGGGUGGUGGCUCGGCGGGGCUGGAGAUGGAGUGAGGUGGUGGGGCCAGGACGGUGCUGAGGUGGGGCAAACAUGGAUGACGAUGGACGUGAGCUGAUGUGUGACUCCAUAAUCCCAAUGCCUGCUCCAGGAGAUCCAACAUGGGUGGUGGAACAUCCCCCAUCACUGGAGGCUCCAUGGUCCCAUUCCCUGCUCCUGGAGAUCCCAUGUGGGUGGUGGGAUGUCCCUCAUGACCUGGUGGCUCCAUGAUCCCAUUCAGAGUUCCAGAAGGGGUGUUGGGACAUCUCCCAUGUCCUGGUGGCUCCAUGAUCCCAUUCCCUGCUCCAGGAGAUCCCACGUGGGUGGUGGAACAUCCCCCAUCACUGGUGGCUCCAUGAUCCCACUCACAGAGUUCCAGAAGGGGUGUUGGGACAUCCCCCAUGACCUGGUGGCUCCAUGAUCCCAUUCCCUGCUCCCCAAGAUCCCACGUGGGUGGUGGGAUGUCCCCCAUGACCUGCUGGCUCCAUGAUGCCAUUCACAGAGUUCCAGAAGGGGUGUUGGGACAUCCCCCAUGUCCUGAUGGCUCCAUGGUCCCAUUCCCUGCUCCUGGAGAUCCCAUGUGGGUGUUGGGACAUCCCCCAUGUCCUGGUGGCUCCAUGAUCCCAUUCCCUGCUCCCCGAGAUCCCACAUGGGUGGUGGGAUGUCCCCCAUGACCUGGUGGCUCCAUGAUCCUGUUCCCUGCUCCCAUGGGUGGGAUUGAUGUCCCCCUGGAGCUGGUGGCCCCAGGACUGUCCAGAGGUGGAUCAAACAUGGAUGUGGGUGGACGUGAGCUGAUGUUUGACUCCACAAUCCCGAUCCCUGCUCCAGGAGAUCCGACAUGGGUGGUGGGAUGUCCCCCAUGACCUGCUGGCUCCAUGAUCCCACUCCCUGACCCCCGAGAUCCCACAGGGCUGGUGGGACCAUGACUGACGGGCCCCAUGAACUGGUGGCUCCAGGUCUUGGCUCUCUGCUCCUGGAGAUGGGAGCGAGGUGGUGGGGCCAGGACGGUGCUGAGGUGGAUCAAACAUGGAUGAGGAUGGACGUGAGCUGAUGUUUGACUCCAUAAUCCCGAUCCCUGCUCCAGGAGAUCCGACAUGGGUGGUGGGAUGUCCCCCAUGACCUGGUGGCUCCAUGAUCCCAUUCACAGAGUUCCAGAAGGGGUGUUGGGACAUCUCCCAUGACCUGGUGGCUCCAUGAUCCCACUCCCUGCUCCAGGAGAUCCGACAUGGGUGAUGGGAUGUCCCCCAUGACCUGGUGGCUCCAUGAUCCCAUUCCCUGCUCCUGGAGAUCCCAUGUGGGUGGUGGAACAUCCCCCAUGACCUGGUGGCUCCAUGAUCCCACUCACAGAGUUCCAGAAGGGGUGUUGGGACAUCCCCCAUGUCCUGGUGGCUCCGUGAUCCCAUUACCUGAUCCCCCGAGAUCCCACAGGGCUGGUGGGACCAUGACUGAUGGGCCCCAUGAGCCUGGUGGCUCCAGGUCUUGGCUCUCUGCUCCCGGAGAUGGGAGCGAGGUGGUGGGGCCAGGACGGUGCUGAGGUGGGGCAAACAUGGAUGAGGAUGGACGUGAGCUGAUGUUUGAUGUCCCCCAUGACCUGGUGGCUCCAUGGUCCCAUUCACAGAGUUCCAGAAGGGGUGUUGGGACAUCCCCCAUGUCCUGGUGGCUCCAGGUCUUGGCUCUCUGCUCCUGGAGAUGGAGCGAGGUGGUGGGGACAGGACGGUGCUGAGGUGGGGCAAACAUGGAUGAGGAUGGACGUGA